AUGUUGAACGCGGCAAUUGAAGAGAGCCAAUUACUCAAAAAUAUCGCCGAGAAACAGGUAGAAGAAGCUCUUCUUGCUGCUCAGCAAGAACGCGAGCAACGACUGGCAAUGAAGAAGGAGUUGGAUGCGGUGAAAAAUGCUGAGCACCUCAGCAGCUUGACCGACAUGUUAAUGGGAUUGGAAAGAUUGGGAGAAGAUGCGAUGAUUCAAGUGUCCGACCAGCUGUUUCAAUUUUAUGCCCAAAUCGUUCAAAAUCAGGGUCAAAACACAGAAAAGUCGGUGAUUGAGAUCGUCAACAAAUUACGUCAGUUGGCACGUGAAAACGCUGAGGAUCUGCCAAAGGUUUCCCUUGCCGAUGAAGGUGUCGAAAGUGGUGCCGAUAUGGAUGCCAGCGGUACAAAAGCCAUUCCGCUGAAUUCGGACCGAGCG